GAUCUUGCACUAUCCAGAAUGCCUUGCAGCUGGGUGGGGCAUGCUAAGCGCCGCGGUCACCAUUGGUGAUGCCCGAGCCACCCGCCAGCCCGAUCCUCCGCCCCCGCGCCGACGCCAGUGCAGUCUGCAGGCCUGCCGGGUGCAGAAGCGCGAGCGCCAUGGCAGCGAGGCCCCGGCUGCACUACCCCAACGGCAGAGGCCGCAUGGAGUCCGUCCGCUGGGUGCUGGCCGCCGCCGGAGUCGAGUUUGAUGAGGAAUUUCUGGAAACGAAAGAACAGUUGCAGAAGCUGCAGGAUGGUGAACACCUGCUGUUCCAACAAGUGCCCAUGGUAGAAAUCGAUGGGAUGAAGUUGGUGCAGACCCGAAGCAUCCUCCACUACAUAGCUGAAAAGCACCAGCUCUUUGGCAAGGACCUCAAGGAGAGAACCCUGAUCGAUAUGUACGUGGAGGGUACGCUGGACCUGCUGGAAAUGCUUAUCAUGCAUCCUUUCUUAAAACCGGAAGAUCAACCAAAGGAGGUGGUUCACAUGGCCCAGAAGGCUAUCAUUAGAUACUUCCCAGUGUUUGAAAAGGUUUUACGGGGUCAUGGACAAAACUUUCUCGUUGGGAAUCAGCUGAGCCUCGCUGAUGUGAUUCUACUCCAAACCAUCUUGGCUCUGGAGGAGAAAAUUCCUAACAUCCUGUCUACAUUUCCUUUCCUCCAGGAAUACACCGUGAAGUUAAGUAACAUCCCUACAAUCAAGAGAUUUCUUGAACCUGGGAGCAAAAAGAAGCCUCCCCCUGAUGACGUCUACGUGAGAACGGUCUACAACAUCUUUAUGUCAUAAACAGGGUGGCCGUCUGUGAGAGGCAGCGGUCCCCAAGGCGGCUGUGUCCACAGUGCUGUCUUCAUUGAUCCCGACGCUGUGGUCCUGCUGUGUGUCCAGUUGGGUCCUAAAUGGAGUCUUUCCUUUCACCAGAUCCUUUUUAAAAAUAGCGCCCUGUUUUUAUCCAAUACAUCAUUGUUACAAUGCGCUCUGAAAGACAUCCCGAGGGGCUGGUGUUGGAGUUAGGUUGGGCAGGUUCCCCAUUUCCUGUAGUUAGUCCACCUGCUGACGAGGACCCGAGGUAUAAUGUCCUAACCUAAGCACCUCCCUCCUCUGCUCCUAGCUAAACCUCUCGGGCUCCCCUGGUGUGCAGUGUCUGGUAAGGAUUCACUGUGCUGUGGUGGUAAUAAUGGCAGCCAGUAUUUGCCAGAAUAAAGAAUUUACCAAA